CCGGUGAACCGCGGCCGGAAGAGGGGGGGUGGGGGUUAAGAAGCGCGCGCCGCCGGUUGAUGGAGAUGGCCCCCGCGCUGCAGGCUGCGCCGUCCAGCAACCCGCGCACCGUGGAGGACAUCUUCAAGGACUACUCCGCGCGGCGCGGCGCGCUCGUCCGCGCGCUCACCUCCGAUGUGGACGAGUUCUUCGGGCUGUGCGACCCAGAUAAGGAGAAUUUGUGCCUGUACGGCCUCCCCAACGGGAACUGGGAGGUGGCGCUGCCGGCGGAGGAGGUGCCGCCGGAGCUGCCCGAGCCGGCGCUAGGCAUCAACUUCGCACGCGACGGGAUGAACCGCCGAGACUGGCUCUCCCUCGUCGCCGUCCACUCGGAUUCGUGGCUCGUCUCCGUCGCCUUCUUCUUCGCCGCGCGACUCAACGGAAACGAACGGAAGCGAUUGUUCAACAUGAUCAAUGAUCUACCUACCGUAUAUGAAGCGUUGAUUGACAGGAAGCAUGUCAGAGAUAGGUCUGGUGUUGAUAGCAGUGGAAAAUCCAAACAUUCUACUAAGAGAACAAGCGAAGGGCAGGUGAAGCGCUCCAGGGUAGUUGCAGAAGAGUACGAGGAGGACGAAGAACACAACGAAACCUUCUGCGGAACUUGCGGCGGUCUCUACAACGCGAGUGAGUUCUGGAUUGGGUGCGAUAUCUGUGAGCGGUGGUUCCACGGCAAAUGCGUCAGGAUAACCCCAGCUAAGGCGGAACACAUCAAGCGCUACAAGUGCCCUGAUUGCAGCAGCUCCUCCUCCAAGAAGACCAGACUAUAGGUUAAUUCUGGUGUGCAAUCUCCUCUGACCAAUCUGAUCAAACGACCAAUCUGUCCUGCCACUAGAAAGAAAAAAAAAACGGUGAACCCUGUCCAAAUCCGACGUCGUAGCUUAGCACCUGUGAAGUUAUCUAGCCAUUGUGCUGUGUGAUAGAUGAGAUGCUGAGGCAAAAGAGUGAACUCAAAAGACGGGAAAACUUAUUUGAUCCUAGCUUUGUUUUAUAAAUGCUUUCUUCAUUGUC